GGCCAAGCCCAUAGAGCGGAAAUAAAGGAAUCGCGGGACACACCAGCAUAGCCCCACCUCUGGGAGGAAAACUCGUACAAUUAUUAUGAGAAAUGGAGCAGCAUGUUGAAGGAGCUUACUUGUUUUAAGAGUUAACAAACGCAUUGGCAGAGAAACAAGUCUGGUGCGCUUCAUGGCACGUGCCCUAUAAGUACCAAGUAAUUGAGCAGUUUCAUUUCGGUUGCUGGCAGAGGCGGAGUCAGUCGACAACCUUUCUGGAACCAGUAAGUGAAAGCAGGCAAACAUCGUGGUGGAUUUGUAUUACGGAAUUAAUUGUCCAUAUGGCAUCAUUUCCUACUGUGCCAUCUAAGAUGCUGAAUCAUCAGCAGUAUCUUAUUGGACUUCUUUCACAGCAGUUCAAUAAAGAAGAUUUCAGUGAUGUAGAAAUUGUCAUCAAUGAAACUCUCAGCUUUAAAGUCCAUAAAUUCAUGCUGGUUACUCAGAGUAGUGUUUUUCACACAAUGCUGUCCAGCAUUCACUGGACAGACUCGAAACUGAAAACCAUCUCACUUACUGAAGAGGAGCAGUGUUUGCCCUAUCUAGAACACUUUCUAAAGUACUUCUACACUGGCUUUGUGGAAAUUAGUACUGACAAUGUUCUUCCUUUCCACAUUCUAGCUGAUAAGUACGAUGUGCCAGAAUUGAAACAGAGCUGUGAGAAGUUCAUGUUGAAAAAUAUAGCUGCCUUGAGCCAGUUUAACCAUGCUGUGUCAUGGAGGAGAUAUGCCAAACUCACUGACCUAAAAAACCUCAAAGAAGCAUGUGAUCAGUUCGUAGCCUGGAAUCUGGACCUGGUCAUCAACUCCCCUGAGUGGACAUCCAUUGAAUUUGAUCACCUUAUUGAACUUUUGGAGAGAUCUGAUCUUGUGGUAGAAAGUGAAUUUUCUCUAUUCAAGGCUGUCGUAUGCUGGAUUGAGUGGUAUCCUGACCUAGCAGAUGAGGUUUUACAAAAGAUAAGGUUUCCAAUGAUUCAGCCUGUUGAAUUGUUUCAGUUUAUGGAUUCCACAAAACUGGAUCCAGGGAUUCAAUCAAAAAUACAGUUACGCAUUAUGAUUGUGUUUGAAGCCAACUGUGUUCCUUUUGAGACACUUAAGAAUCGUUAUGAUGUUGCAUCAGAUCAGUUUUAUAUGAGACAUUACCUGGCCGGCAACAAUGGAAGUCCACUUGAAAUAUCGGGGUAUAAUAGUCUGACAAAACAGUCUGUUCAGCUGCAGUUCACAACCAGGUUUCUCCAACAGCAGACAAGAUGGAGUAUUACUUUCUAUCCAAUAGGAGAGAGAAUCACUGUUCAGGAACAGCAGCAAGCUGUUUAUGUACAUGGUUAUCAUCACUAUAACCCUAUCUUUACUGAGCGUGUUGUUAAAGAUGACAAUAAAGCUGUUCUGAAAUGUUCUGUGAGCAACUGUAGUCUGGAUCCAUUGAUCCAUGAGCACAAGUUGCGUGUCCUGCUUCAGAAAUUCCACAGCAGUGUUUGGACAGUAUGUGAUGUGAAGACCAUAACUGUCAGUCACUCUGAAGAGUCUCAAAUUGAAGAUCUGAUUCCUCUGUCUGAGCGUCCCAAGUUUAUACACAAAGACAUGAUGAGGAUUCACUUUGUGGGUCACACUGUGUGGAAGUAGGAGAUGUAACAAAAGUGACUAUGAGAAUGGCAGAGGUUCUGUCACUGUAGAAAAAAAGUUUGAAAAUGGCCACAGUUUUUCAUUAUCUUUUUUUUUUUUUUUUCCUGUUAAAUUAUGGUACUUAAGUUCCUAUGAUCUAGAGCGUGGUCAAACACAGUCUUAACAUUUAUGGUAGUUAGCAUGUUGGACUUUAUGACAGUUUUAAAUGUGUAUCUUUCAAAUGUAUUGCCUUAUUCCAUCUCAGUACUAUAAUUUGUAUUUCACUUAUUAAAAAGGUUCUUAAAACAA